GCAUACGCCACAACGACACACCAUCGUCUCGCCUGCUUCAAGCACCAGCCAUGGCAGCGCAGACAAGCUCCAAGUCCGGUCAGAUGGAUCACAAGCUGUUGAUAUCAGAGCUUCAAGCUCUUACUGUAGAGACCAAAAGGCGGAAUCCAGACGUCAAAGAUGCCAGCGAGGCUGCGCUGGAGGUUCUCAAAGAAGAGCCAUUACGGAGAGAGUCAUUACUGAGCAAUGCAGAGACACUACUCGAACCUAUCACCCUCGGCUGCAAGACCAAGACGGCCAAGGUGAUUGGGAUAAGUAUCGCUGCUCUGCAACGCCUUAUAUCGCUUGGAGGUCUACCAACGGAAAAACUACCUCAAGUGCUUGCCACGUUGACAAGUGUAGCAAAUCAAGCGGUAGACAUUCAGCUCAAGCUUCUCCAGACACUGCUGUCCAUCUUGACCUUCAACACUGAUGUGCAUGACGAUGUACUCGGAAAUGCACUUUUAUUGUGUUUCAAGCUCCAAGACUCGCGAGUAUCUGUGGUCUCGUCCACGGCAGCUGCAACGCUCCGACAAGCCGUCAUGCUCAUCUUCAACCGCGUAUCCAGCUCCAUCCCCUCAACUCCAACGACCAUCCCCCUAACACUUCCAUCGAAUCCUCCACAGACUGUAGAAGUCACCCCUUCAGCGUUGGACGCAUUCAACAUCUUUUCCGACCUAUGUCUUUUGGCUGCUACGGCAGGAUCACAUGGCUCGGCGUUCAGUUUGUGGAAGGGCGGAGAUAAGGAGAAGCCAAAGCUCUUGAAGUUGAGUAACUUGCAAAGAACGUUUGCGCUGGAGCUGGUAGAGAGUAUAUUAAGCGGGUAUGAAGAUGGUGUUAAGAAGCGGCCGGAGUUAUUGUUCCUCCUCCAACACUCUCUUCACCCUCUACUCCUCAAGUUGCUUGCCGAAAAACCGACUUUUCCCAUAGCGCUUCGUGUCUGUCGACUGAUAUUCCUUUUGAUCCGCUCAUUCAUCGACCAGUUACCAAAGGAGAUUGAAACAUAUCUCGUUUCUCUUGUCAAGCUUGGUACAGGCGAUGCGGAGGGGGAAGAAGGUAAAGGGAAAGAAAAUACACCGCCAUGGUUGAAGGCUUUGGCUCUGGAGAUUCUAAGAGGGAUAUGUGGUGACUACGCUUUGUUACAAAAUAUCUACACCCACUACGACCAGAUGGAAGGACCAAAGCUGUAUAACAGAAUCGUUUCUGCCCUCAGCCACCUGGUCAACGAAAAGCCUGCAUUGCUAGGCAUCGGCACGCAAAUGCACGGCCUUGGUAUCCCAGCUACGGACCCUUCGAGCUCAAAUACCAGCCUGCACGCCGCUGGCUACUUGGAUAUGGGUCUCGGCAUGGUGGCAUCAGCAGCAAGUGUGGGAGUUUCAACUGUGAAUGCCAUGAUGGGAGCUGGUGGCGGGGGGUUGGGACCGCACUCGGCGAUGAAGCUGAGAUUGAUCGAGCAGCACGACAAAGCUGAAGCACCUCUCAUUCCUGAAACGUACAUUUACCUCGUCGCCCUCCAAUCUCUUGACGCAAUAGCUGAAGGCAUCUACACCACUGUUGCAUCCAAAAAUCCUCCACCUACACCUCUGCAAGACAUGGCCUCUUCCGCUUGGCCGCCACUCCUCGCUGCUCUUUCGUACUGUAUCGGCACAAACCUCUCUGAUAGCCUUUUCGCAGAGGUCCUCACCGCUCUUCAAAACUUUACAGUAGCAUGCGGUCUGUUAGGACUCAAUACACCCCGGGAUGCUCUGUUGAACAUCCUUGGCAAGUACGCUGUACCGCCUCCGGCAGUGUCCGCAAUGCAGUCUUUCAUGGAAGCACCCAACACGCAAAGGAAUUCAGGAGGGAUAGCAGCCGAUGCUUUGGGAUUCGCUUCCUCCUUGGGUGUGAGUGGCCCAACGGGUCCCCCAAGUUUGUCAGAGAGGAAUUUGGCGUGUCUGCGGAGUAUGGUCAAUACUGCUAGGGUGCUAGGGUCGACUCUAGGAAAUGCGUGGCAUGAUGUGCUGGAGAUACUGCAAAACGCCAAUUUUAUGCUCGCCACCCGUCAGUCAUCAAUUGCGCGUAGACCGACUUCCGGAGAGCCACCCAAACGAACGGCUCACCAAACCCAAACGACGGAGUUGCCCGAGGCAAAGCCUGGUAUCUUGCAAGACCUUGACCCAGAGUCGAUUCAAGUGCUGAUCAACUCGUUGUUCGACUCAUCCAAGGAUUUGUCCGAUGAGGCGUUUACGACGUUUAUCACCGCGCUCUGUCAUCUGAGCUCUGAGAUGAUCGGGAUGGAAUCAGUCAGUCCUCCAGCUGUAGAGGCCGUCUCUGAAGUCUCCGUUCCCUCGACAGGUACGGCUCUCCUUAGUCCAUCUCAGGAUAGUAACAGGAGAAGGACCAGUGGACUCAAUCUCUCUCACAGUAUCAAGUCUGGAGAACGGUCGUUUAGCUUGACAAAGCUGAAAGUGGUCUCGAGCCUCAACCUGAAUCGGAUAGUAACCAAGGAGCCAGAGGUCGGAUGGACUGCCAUCACACAGCAUUUGCUUGCCGUGGCUCGACAUUUAACUGCGCCUUUUACCAUUCGGAUACAAGCAUCAGAUACUCUUGGAGAGCUGCUAUUAGCUGCUGUCAAAGUAGGCAAGGAUUCUAGGAUACAGCAUCAAGUGUUUGAGGUUCUUGUUCACCAAGUGGAUGUCUUGCCGAUCAGUAACUCUGUCUCGACCGAUUUCGAUGUUCGAUCAUCAGGUUAUCAGACGCUUAACCACUUACUGGAAUCAUCUGGACAUUCACUCCAAGUUGGGUGGAAGACCAUUUUCCAGAUGCUUGAUGGUGCUUGUCACGACAAAUUCACGUCUGGAAACGACCUCUUAGCGGAGCCUCGACGACCGUCUGUCCUCUCCAGCAAGGGUAACGCCAACCUUGUGCGCAUUGCGUUUCCAUCUCUCACUCUCAUCUGCAACGACUUUCUUACCUCCCUCGAUGGUGAAGCGAUGCGCCAUUGUAUUGCCUGUUUAGGGCUGUUUGGCCGACAAAAGGAAGAUGUCAACAUCACUCUUGCUGCCAUUGGGCUUUUGUGGACUGUGUCUGACGCCGUCCAGGGUGAUUCAAAAGAGCUUUGGCUAUACCUUUUGACCGAACUCCUGGGCCUGGGGCGCGAUAGCAGGCUGGAAGUGAGGAACAGUGCCAUUCAAACGCUCUUCCGGUGCGUUGAGCUGUAUGGGUCAGGGUUGUCUCCAGAGCUUUGGGAGGAUGUGUUCUGGAAGAUCAUAUUCCCUCUAUUCGACGACACUCAGGGCGAGGAAUCGCAGGUGCUUGCUCUUACGUCGGUCGGCAGUAUCUUUGGCUCUUUCCUGUCGUCAACUAUUGCCUCACUACAGUCCUUUGACAAGAUUUAUCAACAUUUCUUGGGUCGUAUCAAGCAUGCGUUUACGGAUGGACCUCGGACAUGUUGUACUGCUUCAUUGACAGCCCUUGAAAAGGUACUCGUCGCCGCGGACGCUAAUAGGAAAGAGCUGGGUUUGGUCGUGCAGAAGAUUAUGGAUGCGACUUGGGAAACUUUUGUAACAAUGGGCACGUCCUUCUCACAAGGUGAACCGUAUACUCAGGAUAACCUAAUCGCACUUGUGCAAAUCGGAUCGCUUUUGCAUGGCAGCCUCUCUUCCAAAGACUCUGAGAAACUCGCCCAACUGUCAGAUAUUUUGCGCUCAAUCAUGACCUACGCCCGAUCCCCUGACUAUCGACCAGACGUCGACGUCAUGUCUCCUCUCCAGACCAAAUUAUGUCAGGUCGUAGCAAACUCCGACAUCCUUGGCUAUAGCUUGGUGCUUGGUGAUUUGGCGGAGUUUGCUUCUCUCGCAUAUGUUGGCGUGGGCGACCAAGGGACGGGUUCCAAAAUGACCUAUAUUGCACUAUCAAAAUGGUCAAUGUCAAAGAUGGCAGAGGUGUUUGAUAAAGCUUGGAAAGAAAAGGAGCUGUACGAGGAUGGUACCGUUGAAGAGAUGCUUGGGGUGUAUGCCAUACCUAUCAAGCUCAAGUAUGAUUGUCCACCGGCCAACAGGUUUGGUGAAGAUCCUCCUCUCUGGAAAAGUGCUAUGACAAUCGUCACAACACUUUUGGACAAGGUUAUGACUGCACUGGACGUCGAGACAAUUGCUCUAGAUAAGUUCGAGAAUUUGUGGGCUCAGAUAUUGGAAGUCUUUGGCGGAAUGCUGUUGGCUGAGUCCUCUGACAACGCCUCCUCUGACGAUGAGUCAUUCGUCAUUGAACACCUCACUCGCCUAAGAACGGCCGUGGUUCCUCGCUUGGGAAAUGCACUAGUGCCCGAUCGAGUCAUCUCCCAGCUUUCCGAAAUCCUAAGCAAAUCCAGCAAACUGUAUCAUUACGACGUUAGAAGUAACGGAGGCACCACAGCUCCGGGGAUUGCCACCACUCAAGAAGCUUUACGAUACUGGGCUUUCGAUUUGCUUGUUCUGUUAGCCACGAAGAGGGACAAGGUCGAAGACACAGGGUAUAGAGGUGACAAGCGGGUAUCUCAGCUAGCAUUGCCGUCCUUGAUCAACAGGUUCGAGGAGUCUAUGAGACGAUUCAAGGAAGACAAGAGAUUGAGGAGAGGAUUACCUUUGGGACGGGCACGAGAAGAUGAGCUGCUUUACAUACUUAAACAUCUAGCGACAACGAAGAUUUGGGAAGGAAGCUUGGCUCCGACAGGACAAGCUUCCGAACUCCUGACAGCCGUUUAUGAAAAGUGCCCUCGCUCCCAUCUUCUCCCAUUUUAUCCAUUCCUGCUUGACUUGAGCUUCGCCCAAGACUACAUGCCUUCCCUCUGGGUGACUUUGUCCGAACAAUCGGAACUCUUAGGGACCUCUGUCUCGGAAUCAGUAAUAGGACAAGAAGAUGCGUUUGAUGAAGCGGAGUCGCAGUUAGUAGAUGCGGAGGACGAGGAAUUGAUUGAAGUAAACGCAAAAGAUUUGGCGAAGAGGUGUUUAGAACUCAUAGGGUUAGAGAUGGGGCUUGGAGGUGCUGUUGCUCUUUAGUUUUAGAAGGAGCAGGCGUUGUGAAGUAAUUGUACAUGUGUAGUAAAGUGUAAAAAAAAACAUUCAUCUUGGUAAUCAUGCA